AGAAACGGCUGCGGGAGUGCGUCGAGCUGCUUGACCAUUUCAAGCAAGGAACUCUGCCUCUGGGAGUGACGGAUGCUCAGCUUUGGCAAGCCCAGAAAAUAAAGCAGAACUAAUUUUCAAAACCACGGAUGGGAUGCAGUGGACUUUACUUUAAAGAAUGAAACCAAAUCCGGCUCAAACUGGGCUCCAUAUGAACACUGAAGGCUGGCUUACGUCCAGGUUUGUUUUUGUAUGAGAACAUGAAACAGUUGGUGCUCUUGCAGGGUUUCAGGGUUGUCAACUGCCAAAACUCCCCAAAACCGACCUAUCCUUCAGCAUGGUGCUUGCCUUAUUUAUGUGCUUCUAAGGUUUAUACUCUUUCUGAGUGUUAAAGACCUAGAACUCUUUGUGUAGUUUGUUAGAUCAUUAUAGUUUGAACUAGUCUCCAGAUUUUUCUUACUGCAUCCCAAGUUCAUUCAAGACUAAGAGGAAAAUCUAUAUUCAGCCAUGAUAGUGGUAUAUCUAUCACAUGUACGUAUGUGGUCUUUUACAAGUCGAAGCUUGGCUCCAUGAGCCUGAGGAAGCAGUGUAAUCGCUUUCGUUCUUUUCCAAUCUGCAGAUUUGAUCAGUGUUAAGGCAGUGGGGGAAAGACACAUCAUCUGUCUUAUCUACUUUGUAACAGUGGGAAUAGCAAACUGACGGGAUAAUGUCUGGUGUAAUUGCUUGAAUAUUUGUGUAGAAUUGACAAAAAACACCCCACAAUCCUUCUAAAAUCAUUUAAAAGUAAAUGGGCUUUCUAAAGUUAGUCUCCUAUUUGUCUAGAAAUACCUGCCAUAAUUCAUUUUGGCUGCUUCUGUCUCUUUAUGUCAUCCAAGAUUCACUCAGUGACACUGGAAUCAUGGCUCUAUGGUGGCCUUACCUAAUGUUGCCGGUCCUUCCUGUGGUUCUUUAUCACUUUGACGGUCUGGUUAAGUUGUUGUAAUGUUGUAGAAUGAAUCUGAAACUGAUCAAAUGCUUUCUUGUGUGGUAGAUGAGAAGGUAAACCUUGAAAAUGCCUCGUACCUUAGUCUAGCUGAAAAGACUGCUGUUAAAAUUUGCUCCCUGUUUCGGGGGAGUUAAUUAAGCCAUUGGAUGUGGUUGCAACCAGUUCAUACAUUCAGCUGACAGUGUGUGCAGGCAGUCGGCAGGAUAAAUUUCAUUCACUAGACAUCCCUUAACUGUCCAUGAAAACUGCCUGGUUCAACUUUACUUUGUGUUUUAAUAUAAAUUAGAAGAUGAUAGCAUGCUAACAUGCUAAAAACGAUAGCUCUCGCUACCCAAACCAUAACAGAAAUUAGAUUUGUUGUACAUAUUGUGUUAAAUGUUAGGGUCCGGUUUCUACGGCACCCCACAAUUGGUAAUGACACUGGUGUUUCGUACUUUUAUGCAUCAGCAUAUUGUUAUUCCAAGUAUUUUACAUUAGCAUUAGCAUGUUUAGCUUCUUAAAGGGAGCUUUUUCUGUGGUGAAUACUUUUGGCUUGCUUUAAAGCGUUAUCAUACUGUAUCUCACAACGCAGUCACUAUUUUUCUUUUACUUGUGAAGAUAACAACUUUUGUUGAAUUUUGUUGAAUUACUGCAAACAUGUCAAACUGUUAUAUUUGUCAAAGGAGUAAGGUUAUUUUUCAAAAGCUCCCCAAGUGCAAUGCAUUGUCCCUGAAAUAUGAUUAAAUGAGUGAUGUAAAUAAAUAAGUAGAUUAGCAAUAACUGGUUAAUCUAUUGAUUUGAAACCAUUUUCUCAGUGGUUUUUAUAUAUUCAAGUUAAUAUUAAAUACCCUGAGCAGUAACUUUCUUUUAGUUAUUUUCACAGCAGUGCUCUCUUUAUAAGUCAUAUGAACUGACUUAACCCAAAUCAUUCGGUGCUCAUUACUGUCUGAUUGUUAUCAUUAUGCACUUAUUACAGGCCAUCAUCCACCCCGACACAGGGGAGAAGAUCCUCAUGCCUUUUCGGAUGUCAGGUUUCAUCCCGUUUGGCACACCAGUGGUUGUUGGCCUCCUUCUCCCUAAUCAAACACUUGCAUCUACCGUCUUCUGGCAGUGGUUGAACCAAAGUCACAAUGCCUGUGUUAACUACAGCAACCGCAAUGCCUCCAAGCCAGCUCCAGCUUCCAAGUUCCUGCUGGGAUACCUUGGGGCAGUUACCAGUGCAGUAUCCAUUGCUGUUGGGUUAAACGUUUUAAUCCAGAGAGCGAGCCGCUUCAGCCCAACCACCAGGCUUUUGGUGCAGAGGUUCAUCCCCUUCCCAGCAGUGGCGAGUGCAAAUGUCUGCAACGUGGUGCUCAUGAGACACUCUGAGCUGUCAGAGGGCAUCAGCGUGCUCGACAACAACGGCAACGUGGUGGGAACAUCAAGAGUAGCUGCCAAGCAUGCUCUCUUGGAGACAGCCCUGACCAGAGUAGUCAUGCCCAUGCCAAUCCUGGUGCUUCCUCCCCUGAUCAUGUCUGCACUGGAAAAGCUCCCUCUCCUGCAGAGACAAAAGAGGCUCGUCCUGCCUGUCCACAGUCUCGUGUGUCUCGCUGCCUUCAGCCUGGCUCUGCCGCUUGCCAUCAGUUUGUUUCCACAGAUGUCGCAGAUCAGUGUAGAUCAGCUGGAGCCAGAGAUCGCCAUGGCAACCGACUGUAAGAUUGUGACAUACAAUAAAGGACUUUGAGGGAUCGCUACCAAAACUGAAAUGUGAAGAAAGGACGCGCAGCCCGUCGUGGCUCGAGCCGCCCCGACGCUGCCAGGGAAUUAAUUGUGUCAAAUUUGGCUGCUGCUGCAGUGGCUUUAGCACACGUUUGGACAACAACAGCUGAUACGAAGAAUCAGCAGCAACAGUGAUAAGAAAAUAUGUAUCACAACACGAGGAGACAAAGCCAAACAAGUGCAUUUUGAGGGUAACAGCCCAGUUAGGCUGAUUAAUUAGGUUAACAAAACCCAUAAGCUUGCUUGGUUCCUUGAGGCUUUUUCCACAACGAGCAGACCGCUAACCAUAGAUCAAAGAUGGGCAAAUUAAAAUGUCUGGACAAAUAAAUGUGUAAACUGUGAAUGAAAUGAAGAUACAAAUGCUUCCCGCCUUUUUUUUUUU